AUGUUCCAGCGAGCAGGUCUCCUUCUGCUGCUCAUUGCGUUCAUCGCCAACGCUAAUGCCUCCUUCAAACUUCCCCAAAUUCUGAAAAAUGUUGGUAAACGAUAUUUGCCGAUUCCAUCAAAAGGGACAGGGACAGCAAAAGGGACCGGUGCCAAAGGAACAAUAAAUAUGGAUUGGAUUCAUGGAGGAUUCGACGAGAAGUACCUAACAUGGUCAGACCUUCCAGAAGAUGAAAUUAAGAAAAGAAAGCAAUUAACCGCUGAUAUGGUCAUGGAAGCGUUCCACGAAGCAUCCUCUUCUGAUAACACCCAUUUCACAGAUGCCAUGAUUUUGAUUCGUACAAUUUCCGAUCCGGAUAUGACUGCCGAAGUUUGUGCGGAUGGCCAGAAAUUGAAUGCAUAUCAAUACCUAAAAUCGCUAUCUAAAAAUGCAGCUAAUCACAAACAGAGACACGAGGAUUCUUGGCAUCAGGACAUCAUAGAAACCGAUCGAGACACUCUUCACAUGACAAUGAACUUCAAAACCAAGGAUCGCGAAGAUCAGGAUGUCACUCUAUCCUAUUAUAUCCAGAUGACCCUCUCAUUCACCCAUCAAGACAAAGGAAGCGUCUAUUCGAUCACUCAUGUCUCUCAAGGAGGAACCUGUAAAGUCGAAGGAAAAGUUGAGAAAUCGAAAAGUGAUCAAACAGAAAAUGUGGUUCAAAAUUUGGAAUCCCACCCGACCACCGAGCUCUUCUUCAAACUUUUGUCGCCAGGAAUCUAUAAAAAUGAAGCAGGAAAAGUUCCAACUUCAUGGCUUCCAGCCUUGGAUGCCAGCGCCGUGAAAGUCACAAUUUGCCAUGAAGGAAAAGCCGAUCCAGUGGCGUAUGAUGAAGCUCAAUUCCUUUCCUGGUACAAACGUUUCGGAGAAAUGUGGCAUCUCAAAAAAGACGCCACCGACACGUUUGGAAUCGAGACAACGAAAAUGUCGGCGGAUUCGAAUGAUCAAGGUGUCUGGACCAUCGUGGCUCUUGACAUUUUGUGCUCCCCGGAUUUUAAGCUCAAGGAUAAGUCGCUGAUGGCAAUCCGAGAAGUUGUUUCUGAAAGUCAAAUCGACCAUUUAACAACUCUGAAACCUGUCUCAUGGCAUUCCGCCAUUGAUUUUGUUGAUCAGUACGUCAAAGAAAAAGGAUCUUUGGAGAUUGCGUACUGUGAUUUUGGAAAUACUAAGCGUAUCGAAUUGUUUGGUGUGCACAAAUAUGAGGUAAAAUAUGUAAACUUCAAGUAUGACUCUGACGUCACUCUUCCGGCAGAGGACAUUGCAAAAUUCCGUCUAACUACAUUCUCGGAGCCAAUUAUGGAGGGCGGUGGAAAUCCGACUUUCAAUUACGUCCAUACUUGGAUUUUUGAUGUGAAAUGGGACGAAAUGGAUCAGUUCUAUUACAUUGAAAAAGUCGCCAUCGAGUGCGGAAAGGAAGAGCGAGCAAAACGGAAUGAUUUGUGGUAA